AUACUUAAUAUGUCAAUGUCAAAAACAUCGCAAAUGUCACUUUUCUGUCCAUUGUUUUCCUGAAUAGUCUCUGAAUUAAAAUCUAUUUGCAUCUCGGAUUUGUGUGGUGAUUAUUUUGUGAAAGAUGGCUAUGUUCCCAGGAACGGUAGCCUUCGACGAAUAUGGACGUCCAUUUAUUAUCCUUAGGGACCAGGAAAGGCAAAAACGGCUGACCGGUAUAGAUGCCUUGAAGUCUCACAUCCAAGCGGCACGCCAGAUUGCCGGCAUCCUCCGCACAUCCCUCGGUCCUCGCGGCCUGGACAAGAUGAUGGUGUCUCCAGACGGUGAGGUGACAGUCACCAAUGAUGGAGCCACCAUCCUGAAGCUGAUGGAUGUUGAGCACGAGAUCGGGAAGUUGAUGGUGCAGUUAGCACAGAGCCAGGACGAUGAGAUUGGAGAUGGAACCACAGGAGUUGUUGUUCUGGCUGGUGCUCUCCUAGAGCAAGCCUCCAACUUGCUAGACAAAGGCAUCCACCCGAUCCGCAUAGCCGACGGCUUCGAAAUGGCCGCCGCGACAGCCCUAGCGCACUUGGACUCUAUCAGCGAGGCUUUCCCAGUCAAUAAGGACACUAGGGAGAAUCUGAUCAAGGUCGCCAUGACAACCCUGGGCAGCAAGGUCGUGGUCAAGUGCCACAGGCUUAUGGCGGAGAUUGCUGUUGAUGCGAUCCUCUCGGUGGCAGACCUAGAGAAGCGUGACGUCAACUUUGAGUUGAUCAAAGUGGAGGGAAAAGUCGGGGGCAGGAUGGAAGACUCCAUGCUUGUCCGAGGAGUCGUCAUUGACAAGACCAUGAGCCACCCACAGAUGCCUAAAGUACUGAAGGACGUGAAACUGGCGAUCCUGACGUGCCCGUUCGAGCCGCCCAAGCCUAAGACCAAGCAUAAGCUGCAAGUUGGCUCCGCUGAUGAGUACAGGGAGCUUCGUCAGUACGAACACGACAAGUUCUUGGAGAUGGUGCGCCGCGUCAAGGAGGCUGGUGCGACUCUCGCCAUCUGCCAAUGGGGUUUCGACGACGAAGCCAACCACCUUCUCCUGGCCGAGGGUCUACCAGCAGUCCGCUGGGUCGGCGGGCCCGAAAUGGAACUCAUCGCGAUCGCAACCGGCGGCCGCAUCGUGCCGCGCUUCGAAGAACUUACGACGGACAAGCUGGGCUCGUGCGGACUGGUGCGGGAGCUGACAUUCGGCACGUCCAAAGAAGAGAUGUUAGUCAUCGAGCAGUGUUCCAACUCGCGCGCGGUCACGCUCCUCAUGCGAGGCGGCAACCGCAUGAUCGUCGACGAGGCCAAGCGCUCCGUGCACGACGCGCUGUGCAUCGUACGAAGCCUCGUGCAGGAUUCCCGCGUCGUCUACGGCGGAGGCGCGGCCGAGGUGUCGUGCGCGCUGGCCGUGGCGCGCGCGGCCGGCAAGCUGGCGUCGCUCGAGCAGUACUCCUACCGAGCGUUCGCUGAUGCUUUGGAAGCCGUCCCGCUCGCGCUCGCUGAGAACAGCGGUCUGUCUCCCAUCGACACGCUGUCGGAAGUGAAGGCGCGGCAGGUGGCUGAAAACAACUGCAACCUCGGCAUCGACUGCAUGGACAAGGGUUCAAACGACAUGAAGGCGAUGAACGUGAUCGAAUCACUUCACUCCAAGAAGCAACAGAUUGCGCUCGCCACGCAGCUCGUCAAGAUGAUCCUCAAGAUCGACGACGUGCGCUCGCCGGCCGACGCCAUCGACUAGACAGUGGUAGACUGGCGAGGAUGUUCGUAAAACGUGGCGAGAUUCGGCUUUUGGGACGCGUAUUUUGGGCUCUUUCAGGGGUGUAUUCCAUUUUGAUCACAUGGGUCUGGUUUGAUUACCUGA